AUGCAGGCAGGACAGACGCCCGUAUUUGUUAUGAAUGCCAAUCCAGAGCGGCAGACGGGCCGUAAAGCGCAGAUUUCCAACAUCAUGGCUGCAAAGACGGUUGCAGACGUGAUAAGAAGCUGCCUUGGUCCAAAGGCAAUGUUAAAGAUGCUCCUGGAUCCGAUGGGAGGCAUAUUAUUGACAAAUGAUGGGAAUGCUAUUCUACGAGAAAUAGAGGUCGCGCAUCCGGCAGCAAAGAACAUGAUCGAACUGAGCAGGACACAAGACGAAGAAGUCGGUGAUGGGACAACGUCUGUCAUCAUUCUAGGCAAGAUAUAUCCCUCAUCCGGUGAACUACUUGCCCAAUCGCUUUCCUUGCUGGAGCGAAAUAUCCAUCCCGUCGUCAUUAUCUCUGCCUUUAACAAAGCCCUACAAGAGGCCUUGGAGGUCAUCAAGCAGAUAUCCAUACCUAUAGACACGUCCUCAGACGAGGAGAUGCUCUCCCUCAUCAAAACUUCUAUUGGCACCAAGUUUGUCAUCCGCUGGUCCGAUCUCAUGUGCAAGCUCGCUCUCCAGGCAAUCCGAACGGUCUCGGUUUCUGGCGACCCUAACGCGCCCCCAUCUGCCAUCCCGACUGGUAUCACCGCAGUCGACAUCAAGCGCUAUGCCCGAGUCGAAAAGGUUCCUGGUGGCGCUAUCGAAGAGAGCAAGGUGCUCGACGGUGUCAUGAUUAACAAGGAUGUCACGCACCCUCAGAUGCGAAGACGCAUUGUGAACCCUCGGAUCAUCCUCCUUGACUGUCCUCUCGAGUAUAAAAAAGGAGAAUCGCAAACCAAUAUCGAAAUCUCCAAGGAGAGUCAAUGGCAGGAUUUCCAAGACGAAGAGGAGAAGCAGGUUCGGGAGAUGUGCGAGAGGAUAAAAGAGUUUAAGCCUGAUCUCGUCUUCACCGAAAAGGGCGUCAGCGACUAUGCACAAGCUGUGUUGCUGCAAGGAAAUAUCACCGUUCUUCGACGAGUGCGCAAGUCGGAUAAUAAUAGGAUUGCACGAGCGGUUGGAGCGACCAUUGUCAAUCGAGUAGAAGACUUACGUGAGAGUGAUAUUGGAACCAAGUGCGGACUGUUCCACAUUGAAAAGCUGGGUGACGAAUAUUUUACGUUUCUCACCAAAUGUACGACGCCCAAGGCGUGCACCAUCCUCUUACGUGGGCCGUCAAAGGACGUGUUGAACGAAAUCGACCGCAACCUCGCCGAUGCCAUGUCAGUGGCGCGCAACGUCGUAUUCAACCCCACCCUCGCACCAGGCGGGGGUGCGACCGAAAUGGCCAUUUCGGUCCGCCUCCAGCAACGAGCCAAGACGGUGCAAGGAAUCGAGAGUUGGCCUUUCAAGGCUGUGGCCGAUGCAAUGGAAGUUAUUCCGCGCACGCUAGUCCAAAAUGCUGGUGGGAACGCCAUCAGAGUGCUUACUGAACUACGGGCCAAGCAUGCGAGCGGCGAACAUUCGUUUGGGAUCAAUGGAGAUACCGGCAAAGUCGAAGAUAUGAAAAAAUAUGGCCUAUAUGAGUCGGCUAGCGUCAAGACCCAGACGCUCAAGACUGCUAUCGAGGCGGCGAAGGUAUUGCUGCGUGUGGACGAUAUCGUUCAAGCUACGCGCAAGGAAAAGGAGGAAGGAGGCGGCGUGCAGAAUAUGGGGGAAGAUGGUCCACCGGAGCGCGACUAG